AUGAGACAAAUCUUCAUAUUGUCGUUGAUUUCAUUGACAUGGCUCGGAAUACCAACUGUAGAUGGAAAUCAUUUUUUGGAGUCAGGAGAUGUUGUCACAAUGAUAAAAUCCGAGUUUCCUUUGACAAAACACGAUGCACUCACUCUAGACGAAUUGAAUACACUCCGACGGCUUAUCGCUGAUGGAUAUAUUGGAAAUAUACUCAAGGGUCUUGAAAAAUUUAUAAUAGCUGCAGGAAAAGUAGUUGCAUUUAUCGAAGAUUCAAUUGAAAAAGCUUGGGAUGCAAUUACAUUAGUAUACACGAAGGUCUCUUCAUUCGAAGGCUGGGGAGAACUUGCUGUUCAAACUGGUAAUAUUAUUAUGGAUGUCGCUUUGAGGAUCGAGGAUGGUGUCACUGAAUUGGCAGAAGGAUUUAUUGAUUUUGCUAGUGAUGUUGGGGGUGCUAUCUCUGAUUUUUUCGGAAAAAGGAGACGAAGAAACAAAGACAUCAAUAACCCUCUUGGUCAUAGUGGAAACUCUCUCGAUUUUCGAUACAAUACCACAAAUAUUCCACAAGAAGAAACUGAAUUCCAUAUGCCAAGCAACACAUUGGGACCAGCAGCUGACAUGAACAUUUUGGUAUGGAAUCGUCGUUUGGCUCAAUUGGCAUCGAUUAAACGAAAUCUAUUCCAUGACGGGCAACGAGAUACCGUUUAUGAAGGGAAAAAAUACAGAAUGUUUAAGUUUGGUGGCUAUUUGGAAUAUAUAAUUGGAAACUUUCUCGGAAAAGUUAUUUCGGGGUUUUUCAAAUGGGCAAAAGUGGCAUAUUAUGCAUGUUACCUUAUUUUGAGUGGAAUUGAUGCUCCAAUUUUCAAUAAAGCUGCAAUCGAAGACAGUAUUCAUGAGGCUUUAUAUGCAAACAGUAUGGAAGUUGGUUGUGUAGUGGCCAUUCCAGAUUCGUAUUGUAUUAUUGGACCAGUAAAAGACAGACAUGACAAUAUGUUUUAUGAACCGGGAAAACCUGCUUCAAAGUGUCAUUACGGAUCCAAUUCUUCAUUGUGUACUCCUCCACCCAGUUAUUUCUUUGCACUUCGAGACAAAUACGAAGGAAGAUUGAGACCGAAAAUAUCGAAAUUUGAGAUUGUGGACGGAUUCAAUGCGUCGGAUAAUUCAACGGUAGAUGAGUUUUCUGUCGAGUGGCCAGACGAUGACGAUGCUUCAUUUGGUUUCUCUCCUUUAUUCUUUGUUAUUCUUUUUCUGAUUUCAAUUAUUUUUGGAUUGAACAACUAG